AUAAAUUGUCAAAUCAAAUAAAAUUCAUAAAACUAUAAAUAUAUAUAUUAACCACUUCGAUUCUAAUUGCUCAAUUGAUAUCAGUAGUUCAAUUCAAUAAUAAUCAUUAACUGUUAUUAACAAUUGACUGAAUAAUAGAAACAAACAAUUAAUUACGUGCAACAUGUCUACUGAACCUGUUAAAAAGUUUGAAGUCUUAUCUUCAUCAGAUGAAAAAGGGGCCUUUAAGAGAAAACCUUCUCAAUUCAGAGAUUGGAUUAGUUCUGCUCCCAAUGCUAAAUUCCCUCCUGAAUUAAACAGAUAUCAUUUAUAUGUCUCUUUAGCUUGUCCUUGGGCCCAUCGUGCUUUAAUCACUAGAGCUUUAAAAGGAUUAACUGGUAUUAUUUCAGUAUCAAUUGUUCAUUGGUUCCUUGAUAGUAAUGGUUGGAGAUUUAUUAAUCCGGAAGAAUUGAAAUCUCUUAGUGCUAAAAAUGAUGUUUCCUUAGGUACGGUUGAUCAUUUAUAUGGUUAUGAUAGAUUAAGACAAUUAUAUUUUAAAGCUGAACCUGAAUAUGCUGGUAGAUUUACAGUUCCAAUAUUAUGGGAUAAAAAAUUACAAACUAUUGUUAGUAAUGAAUCCAGUGAAAUCAUUAGAAUGUUAAAUAGUGAAUUUAAUGCUUUGAUUCCAAAAGAUUUUGUUGAUGUUGAUAUUUAUCCAACUCCAUUACAUCCUAAAAUCAAUGAAUUAAAUGAAUGGAUUUAUGAUAAUAUUAAUAAUGGAGUUUAUAAAUCUGGAUUUGCCAGUAAACAAGAACCAUAUGAUGAAGCCGUUACUAAUCUUUUUGAUCAUUUAGAUAAAGUUGAAGAUAUACUUGAACAUAAUCAUAAAAAGGGAGAACAAUUCAUGUUGGGUAAUCAAUUAACUGAAGUUGAUAUUAGAUUAUUCACCACCAUUAUUAGAUUUGAUCCAGUUUAUCAUCAACAUUUCAAAUGUAAUAUCAAAAUGAUCAGACAUGAUUAUCCUCAUAUUCAUGAAUGGGUUAGAUUAUUAUAUUGGAAAAUCCCUGGUUUUAGAGAAACCACUGAUUUCGAUCAUAUUAAAUUCCAUUAUACUAGAUCUCAUCUUCAAAUAAAUCCUUAUGGAAUCACUCCAAAGGGUCCAUUAUCUAACAUCUUACCAUUGGAUUAAAAGUUUGACACCUAUCACAGGAAUCUCAAUUUGGUAAGUUAUCAUUUAUUCUCCUUUGUUUGAUUUUCAUACUUCGUAUCUAAGUUAUUUUUACUGUUUUAGUGUAAACAUUCUCUUUCUCCCCCUCUCUAUUGUGAAUGUUUUGUCCUUCGUCUAAUUCUGUACCCAAAGAAACUAAAUAAAUAAAAAAGUUUGUGUUAUACAAUUAAUUAACAAGUAGACAAAGUAAAUACAUAACCCAUUACACUGUGAUACCCCUGUGAUUGAUUGAUACUCAUUGACGUUCCAAUCAUACUAUCAAAUCAGAUAUCGUAGUUUUUAGUCCAGAUCUGAAUCUUCGACUAAUCUAUAAAAAGUAGCAUCGUCAAAAAUAAAUUUCUGUGCCCAAAUGCGACACGUCUUUUUUUUUUUUUUGGAGAAAGAGAUUUAUGGUCC